AUGGCAGCCGCAGCGGCACCCGCACCCGCACCCGCACCCGCACCCGCACCGGCUCUGGCAGACGCCGCCAUGGAGGAUGCGCCCAACACCCUCUCCGCCGAGUCUGCCACCAUCGCCACACCGCACGUGGACGGGGAGAAGACGCCAUCGUCGGUGGGCGAUGCCAACGCGAACAAUACCAACAGUAAUGCUGCUGCCCAGCAGAACGGCGCCAACGGGUCCGCCAGCGCAAACGGACAGCCUAGCUCCAACACGCGACUCUACAGCUGUGGGAAAUGCAGCAAGAGCUACGCCCGACUAGAUCAUCUGUGAGUGCAUGCCCUCACAAAUCCCCUCUCCCACGGUAAACUCAUCUCAUCCCACCCAGUUCUCGGCAUGUCCGCAUGCACACGCAAGAGAAGCCAUAUCAGUGUCGGAUUUGUACCAAGGCAUUUGCGCGAGCCGACUUGCUCAAACGCCAUACCCUCGGCCACAGUAAGGAUGACCCUCAGGCCAAGCCCACCAUUGUCCAACACAGCCGUGUCUCCCAAGCAUGUGAAGCCUGCGCUGGCCUGCACCUGAAGUGCGAGGAGGAAAAGCCCUGUAAACGCUGUACCAAGAAGGGCAUUCAGUGCAACUACACUGCCAAUUUCGCGCCCAACGACAUGCAUCGCCCGUCACCACCCGACAGCCAGUAUUCUCCUCAACCAAAGCAGAACUAUGCCGAGCAGAUUCACCACAUGCAGAACAUGCAGCAACAGAUGCAUCCCCGCAUGCAAGCUGUCCAAACACCUCCCAUUCAACGACAUAACUCUUUCGGCCAACCAGGACCGCUGCCGCCCAUGCAAAUGACUUCUCCGCCCCAUUCCCAUCCGCACCCAGCGCCACAGAUGGGUAUGGAUGUCCAGGCGACCAUGAUGCCCCCACAGACCCCAGGUCCGCCUUUCACCGGACCUCCCAUGUUCGACUACCUCCGGGAGAAGAUGAUGCCAACCACAACACGACCAAAUGGCGCCGUCCAAGUCAUCGACUACCAGACCGGACAGGCGGGUCCAUGGACUCCACGUGAGCUAUUCGAUUUUGGCGUCGACGCGAACAUGGAACUCGAUGAUCUGGAUUUGAGCUUCCUCGAUACUUACAACAACGCAAAUCCGUUCGACCUCAGGACACCGAGCAUUGGCUUUCCCACUUCAUCCGGCUCCGACAUCAUGCCCAGCUUUACAUCCGCUCCCGCUCCACCCCUGGAUACGACUGCCCUUCCCAAAGCGUCUGUCUGGCGUUUCAGGCCCCUCUCCAAAGACUCUGGCUCCGCUGAGCAAGCCAAUCUCUCGCUACCUACGCCGACCAGUCUCGACAUUGACCGCAGAGUCACUUGCGAGCCCCUCUCCCAAACAUCCCGUGACAAGAUUCUUGCAAUGAUCUUGAGCACUUGCAAGCCCAACAGCAUCCCCAGAGCUGUAGCUUGCUUUCCUUCCAUCGGCUUACUUGACAGCCUCUUCCAAUUCUCGCUCACAUCUCCGGGAUCGCAUGCCAAGCAUUGGAUUCAUGCGCCGACGUUACUGGCAGGCCAGACACGGCCGGAGGUGCUUGCCGCCAUCGUCGCUGCUGGAGCAGUACUGACUCCUGAUGCUUCCAUCCGAAAGGUGGGGUAUGCCAUUCAGGAGGCCAUUCGAACUGCAAUCCAAGUCCAGGUAGAAGAAGACAACACAUUGAUGCGCGACUUGCAAAUCAUGCAAGCAUCGUUACUCCAGCUGAAGAUUGGACUCUGGUCUGGCGACUCGAGAAAGAUGGAACUUGCAGAAGGCUUUCAGCAGGUCCUUGUCACCAUGGCGCGCCGAGGAGGUCUUUUCCGCCGCGGUACGUAUGAACGCCUCGUUCCGUACGCCGAAGACAACGGCGAGGUGCUGGAGAACAAGUGGCGGCAGUGGGUCAAGCAGGAGUCGCGGAAACGUUUUGCUUUGCAUUUGUUCCGCCAUGAUCUCGAGGCAUCAGUAUCGCUUCUGAGCAGUCCUCUGAUCUCUUACGCCGAACUCUACCUGCCAUUGCCCGAGUCGGAGAAUCUCUGGCACUCUCCAUCCGCAGAAUCUUGGAAGGCGACAUACAUGCGCAACGCAGGACCACGACAUGACAGACAGCCAUCUCUGGUCGACUGUAUCCAAGAUCUAGACAUCCUCGCUGUGCGAGACAUUUUUAUCGAUCAGCGACAAGCCUCCAUGGCCGUCCUCGGUGCCGCCUGGCGCAUGAUCUGGGAAUACCGGCAGCUCGACUCUUCCAUGAAGGACUACAACAAUCAAUGGAGUAGCGGCAAUCUCCUCAUGAACACACGACACCAAGAACUCACAAAACUACUUCAGUGCUUCCGCAUCAGCUCGGCGGAAGACACGAAAGUCACGCUCAUCGUUGAGCUUCUGCUUAUGCACCUGCACAUGUCGCUCGACGAUGUACAGCUCUUCGCCGGCGUCGAGGGAGAGGAAGAAUCGCGCAGAGUCCACCCUUCCCUCGUCCAGUGGACGCGAACAUCGACAGCACGACAAGCCAUGUGGCACGCCGGCCAAGUCCUCCGCGCAGCGAGAAACCUUCGACCUGGAUUGAUCUGCGAUUUCGCUGCUAUAGCAGUCUACCAAGCCAGCCUGGCCUUCUGGUCCUACGGAAUCAUCACACGCGCGACGGAACCUGGCCCACACAGUAGCAAUAAUCCCGCCGCUUUCCUGGAUGGCGGCGACGAUAAUGGCGUCAAGCGCUGGAUUAUCAACGGGAAAGGAGGAGCCGUUAUUCGCACGUGGACCGUCAAACCGCCGUCGGAGAACGUGGCUAUGGUCUCCAAUCCGGAUGAAGUGGUUGGGGCUGUCGUGGCCACGAUGCGGAGGAAUCACAAUGAGACGAGGAAUCCGCCGCUUGUGGAUAAUCUGAUCAAUAUUAUGGAGGGAUUGAGGAAGGCUUCUAGGACAUGA